GAGUUCACUGUGCCGUUAAAGGCGUGACUACUUGGUUCUGCUUGUUUUCAAAAUGGAAUUGUUUAUAAAUCUGAUAUUCGUAUUCUUGUUUGCUGUGUCAACAGGUGCUCAACGAAGUCCCACAAUAUCUUUCAUUUCCAAAGAAAAAGUUGUGAAUAUUGGAGAUACAGUAGAACUUGAAUGCACUGUUCAAUAUGCUCAAGAUUAUUCAGUGGUGUGGCUGAAAACAGAUCCUGAAAAUCCUUCUGACAAUUUAUUUAUAUCAUCUGGAACAAAUCAAAUAGUGCCUGGAGACAGAUAUACUGUGAGACAUGAUGACAAUACUGGAACAUUCAUUCUUAAGAUUUCAAAGAUACAAGAAAUUGAUGCAGGAUUAUAUGAAUGUCAAAUUAUUAUUGGGCCAAACUCAAAACAGAAGAAUAAUGUAUGGCUUUAUGUCAGGCUGCCCCCUGUGAUAUCUGAUAACAGUACAAGAUCUGUUAUUACAAGUACUGGCUCAUCAGUUGAAAUGCAUUGUUAUGCUACUGGAUAUCCACCACCAAGAAUAUCAUGGCGUCGGGAAAACAAUGAUUUGCUCCCCAAUGGCUAUGCAUUUUACGCCGGCAAUACAUUUGCCAUUUCAAAUAUCACGAAAUUUGAUAGAGGUACUUACUAUUGUGUUGCGGAUAAUGGAGUAGGAAAAGGAGCUCGGCGUAAUAUAGGCCUAGAAGUUGAAUUCCGUCCAUAUGUUACAAUAGAACGUCCACGCUAUGGCCAAGCUUUACAAUACGAUCAGAUACUGGAAUGUCAUGUUGAAGCCUUUCCCUCUCCUUCAAUUGUGUGGAUUAAAGAUAACAUGCAGCUGAAUGAUAAUCAGCAUUACCAGAUAUCAAUACAUAUUGCUGCUGAUGAAUUCACUGACACAACUCUUCGCAUCAUAACAGCCGAGAAGAGACAGUAUGGAUAUUACACUUGUAAAGCUACAAAUAAGUUAGGAUCUCAUGAAAAAGUCAUUGAAUUUUUUGAGACACCAAAUGUGAUUUGCCCACCAGCUUGUGGUGUUGAUUUGUAUAGAUCUUCGUCCAAGCAGCUAUCAUCUUGGUUUUGCUUAGUUCUUUUGCUGCUGGCAGCUACAUUAGUUAUAUUGUAAUAACUGAUGAUGAGAAAAUUGAUAAACAUGGAAACAUGUGUAAAAUCUAUUUCUUCUCAUAUUUUACAACAUCAUGUAUUUCUGCUCUUAAAGCCGGGUUUUAAGUUUUGUUAUUGUUUCAUGAGCCUAACUUUGUAGCAAUAGAGUUAUUCUCAUACUUAGUGAAAUGUUUUAUUCCGUCCAUAGAAGAUGGUUAUUCGGGUACAUAAAAAUAUUUUUAAAAAGUCAUUCCAAAGGCGUUCCUUUUACUUAUCCUUGUACUGAUAUUUGUAAUUAUACAUUGAUCAUAGAAUCAUUUUUACUUGAGGCUUCCAUCGUAUUUUGUUAUUUAUCGGACACCUUUUUUUAAAAAAAAAUUUGAUAGAUUUUUUGUUGGUAUGAAUAUUUAUUAUAAGAAUGUGGUAUGUCUCUUCACCUUGUUGAAAAAGAGCAAUGAUGACAAUAUAAAAUAGAAAAUUGAAUGUUGCAAGGAAAAUUAGCAGGAGAUUUAUUCAACAGAAAAAGGUGGUUGCAAUAAAAUUUAGUCAUUAAUGCUAAUUGAUUGAUCUUAUGCAACAUUCCAUUCAUCAUCCUCUUUACUUAUUACCAUACUAAAACAGUGUAUGCUAAAAUAAUUUACUCAUUGCCAUCAAAUACCUUAUUGACUACUUUAUCAAUUGUAUAAUUUAUUUGAAGAAAAUCUUUUAUUUUAAAAAUUCAUGUCUGUUUUUUUAAAUUAUAAAUUAUGUUUGUACCUAAAUAAGAUAAUUCAGGGAUCACAAACCUUGCAUUUAUCAUCACUUAUAGUGUCUUCUCUUCCUUAUACUGUUUUUAUGACAGUAUAAUUUCUAUAAUCUCCCCCAGUGUGAUCAAGUAUACCUGGACCAACGUAAUCGGUCUUAUAUUCGUCCUGCACAAUUAUAUAUAGGUUCUUAAUAUUUUUGCUAUGUGACAAAAGGGAAAAGGUGUUUAAUCUUAUAGAAAUCCUCUAUUUGUAUGAUAAAAUGGAAGGAAAAUGUUUAGUAUUAAGUUAAGAAGAACAUUUUUAAAUAAUGCAAGAUUAACUCUUAUUGAUGUAUCAUUUUAUUUUUGAAGAAAAAUAAUAGCAGUAAGAUAUACUUGUUUAUUCUAAGAUUACUUAACGUCAUUUCAUAGUAUUGAAGAAUGAUGUAUAAUUUCAUUCAUAAGCUAAACCAGGGUGGCGACAGAUCAGGGAAGUCAGGGAAAUAUCAGGGAAUUUUGAAAAAAUAACAAAAAAAUCAGGGAAAAUGGAUUUUAUGAGGAAAAAAUUUUUUUUUUUUUGCUUUACAAAAUUAAGUACUCUAAUUCUCUGCGCAUUUUCCGCCAAUUAUCUGUUUUAAAAAAAGGUAAAAUUAAUGAGAUGCGAUUAUACACUGCCGCAUAUUUGUGCAUCUUUUUUCCUCAACGUCUAAGUAUUGAAUCUUACUUAUUAACCACAGGAUGAACUUCCUAAGAUUGCUUCUGUGUCUGUUAGGUUCUUUAUUUUACCUAGCUUGGAAUUUCCUUUCACGCUUUCAAUGCUACGUAAAAUAAACAACCAUACAGGCAAAGAGGAAGCCUUCAUUAAUGCCUUAGCUCCUUUGCCUUUAUUCCAUUGUCUCGAAGUAAUUAGGGUACUGUAAUCACGAUUUCAAGAAGAAAUCUUCGGUUUUUGAAUUAAUACUACAAAAGCUUAAAAGUUAUUACUUCUUCGCGUUUUUAAUUUAAUAUCUUAAAUUAAACUUUCAAUAAAAAAAACUUUUGUUUUUUGCCGUUAUACUAUUUGUUGUUACCGCAGAUUAUGAAGGUUUCCUUUUCUUCAGACUUAAAUGAUUCUUUAGUUUUAUAACCAAGUUGUAUUCUUCUUUUAUAUAUUUUAAAAUUAACUAAUUGCUUUUAUUUUCUUUUUUUUUCUUGCAUUUCAAAGUUGUUUGUUACAAAAGCAAUUUAAGAUUUUUUUCGUUACAUACUGAAAUCAUUUGAAAUGGAGUUAACUUGUGUACUUAAGUAAAUAUCUUUAUUUUUUAUUGUUAAAAUGCUGUAUUCAUUCAUUAAAACCUAUGUUCUUGAUUAGAGAAAAGCUCCCUAUGAAUGGAUGUCAAAUGGUUUCAUCUGUUUUGCAAAAAUAUGUCAAUUAGUUAUAUAAGAAUAACUACAUUACCUCUAUUCUUUCACUAUUACUUGUUCUUCUUGCAACAAUUAUUAUACUGUUUGAAAACUUAGUUCAAAAUAAUUACUUUUUAGUUCUAUCAUAAAUACACAUAUGUUUUUAAGAGUAAUUUUAAUAGUUUCUUAAAAUUCUUAUGCUAAGUGGUUUCUGCAAGUAAAGUAUUUUUCUAUAAUCUUUCCAUGUAGAAAAACUUAAUAUACUGUUUUAUAAGUUUUUUUCCCAAAAAAAUUGACUUGAUAUGUUUUUUUCAAACCAUUUUUUAAAAAAAGUAGCAUCUUUUUAAAAUAUAUCUUUAGUUCAAUAACUUUACACAACUUAAAAACGUUUAAAAUACUGCAUUUUAUACAAACAUACAUUUCAAGUAGAACAAAGAAAGAAAACCAUUAUCAUCAGUAACGUAAAUCAGGGAAAUUUGGUGAACUUAAUCAGGGAAAAGUCAGGGAACUUUUUUUCACAGUUCCUGUCGCCACCCUGUAAACCUUUUUUCUUUUCUGUUGAUAAAUUAUUCAAAGUUUAAACCCUAAAUUUAAUGUGUAUCCUGCAGUUUUUUUUUUUUUUUUUUUUCUUUAGCCUCUCUAUUUAAAAGCAAUGCAAAAAAAAAAAAAAAACAUAAAAAGAUUACAUAAAAAAUAAGUUAAAAAUCAUUUGUAAAAUUUCAAAAAAGUUUGCAUUGUUGAUACUUUUCUCUUUUUUGCAUUUUUAGAAUUCAAAUUUAUAAAAAUCUGUGAAGAAAUUUUUUUAGUCUAUCAAGUUAACAUCAUUAAAAUUGAAAGCUUUUUCCGUGAUACAUGAACAUCAUAAUACCACCAUUUGUAAAUAAAUAUUUUUACUACCUUGAAAUUCUUUUAUAAAAGAUAUAUAAAAUAUUUAUUCAAGUUCCUAAAAGUAAGUGCUUUAAUGCAAUAUUUGACUAAAAAAGUUAAAUAUGAACAAUAUAAUAAGUAGUUUAUAACUUGAAAAAAGUUAUUCCCAUUUAAAUAAUAACACUUUGAAACUGAAAUUUCAAUAACUGCUCCUUAAAAAUUACAUUAAAAUUUGCUCAAAUGUGAUUGUCAUAGUUAUGUACUUUUGUAAAUAGUUUCUCUUCAUUCUGAUAUAGUUAAGAUCUGAUUUUCUGUUCUGUUUUGUAUUACUGUACGUGAUUUUGUCUAAGUGUAAAACCUUAAUUUAUUUUUAGUAACAUUUAGAACAGCCACAAAGCAAUAUAAUUGUAAGUAGCUUAAAUUUGUGUUUGGGAGGGGAGGGGGGGGGGUAUAGGCUUAUUGAUUUAAGAGUUAGUAUUAGAAUAGCAUGUUGAAUUCAGACAUUGAAGAAAAUUUAAAGUAGGAAUUUUAAAAAAAAAAGCAGUUUUUGCAAUAAUGCACGAAAAUAGUUGCAAAUUAAGCAAUAAAUUAGAAAAUGUUUCUGUGUAAAUCAUUGCAUAGCACAACUAUUACAAGACACUUUGAAGAGAUGUUUGGAUUGCCAAAUGUCUACUCCAAAACACAAAGUAUCUACAGAAAAAUAAAAAAUAAAACAUAUGCGAACAAAAUAUAAAGAAAGAUAUGCUUACUAUUCUUAAACAAAUAAAAAAUCCAAACUUGUUAUAUAGCAUUAUUUAAAUGCUUUAUUAAUCAGAAAUUUUGUCUGUUCACUUGAAUUUGACACUAAGUAUAACAAUUCAUGUGGAUUCAUGUAAUGUGCAAUCAUGUUAUAGUCAGUGCGAACUUAAGUUCAAACAUACUAGAACUGCUAAUAAAAGUACAUACAGAGCAAAGAAAUUUUUAAAUUUCAAAAUUAUGUCCCCAAAAUUGAUUUAAUUUGUUUAUUAUACCCUUUUUAACUUAACAUGUCUUUUAAAAAUUUUAAAUGUGUGUCUCAUAUUUUUUACUAAAAGGUAGUUUUUAAGUUAAAAAAAAAAACCUGUGAUUUUUAAUUUAUGACGACUUUUCAUUGUACUUAAAUGUUAAUUAGGAAUGAUUUAAAUUUGUUAUCGAAAUAUUUUGUUAGUACUUGUUUGUAUUGCAAUUUGUUUACAUGUUUAAUUUUUUGGAUAAUUUUUACAUCAUUUGUUAGCAUCUGCCAUUUAUAUUGAUGUUAAACUUUUUUCAGUUAUAAUUGCAAUUUUUGUUAAAUGUUGAUUUUUGAUUAUUAGGACUGAUUUCUUUUUUAUUAUCUUUAAAUUUUAUGAAUUUUAAGUGACCUAUCAGUCACAUUUAAGUGACCUGUAAUUGAUUAUUAUGUAUUUGCAAUUGUGGACCUAUUUUUUUAAUGUUUAACCAUAUUCAGUUGCAAGUACAUGCUAGAAUAUUGGGUUUUGGCAAUUUUUUUUACAUGUUUUAAAGAGAGAAACAGAAGUACAUACCAGUGAUCACAGCUGUCCUGUAACUCCUAUUUUGUUUAAAAAACUUCCCCUAUUUCUCUUUUUACUUUAAAAGGAACCCUUUUUUUUCUUCUUGAAAGUCUACUUUCGACUUCCUUCCAACAAUGUUGCCACGAGCCACUACUGCAUCUAGAAUUUACUUUUGUGGGGAGGGGGGAGUAUUAUCUGUAAAUAAAGUACAGUAGCCCAUCGUUAUAUCGCUCAUUCGGAUAUAUUGCUCUUUUCUUCUGUCUCCCGAAAUAUUAAAGCCUAAAAUAAGAAAGAAAAAAACUUAGUUUUGAGUUUGGAACCUUUUCUGAAAACAUGUGGUAUUGCUCAGAGAAGGUCUUUCUUCUUUAUUUCUGUACCUCAGAGCCAAAGGAACGUUAGUCACAUUGUGAUAAUUUUAUAGUAGAGAGGAAAAACUUUUCUCUUGCCCUUUUGUAUUGAUACAUUGCCUUUACAAUGAGUGAGAGACAUCAAGCAGGUGUCAUACUAGCCCAUGUAGAGGCAAGAUUUGUGCUUGGUUGCACAAACCGGGAUUUGCAUCAAAGAAAAAAAAAUGAUCAGGACGAGCAAAAGAGUUUUCUGUAAGCAAUGUGGUUACUUUUACUUUUCACAUCCUUUCUGUAGCAAGUCAAACGGAUUAGAAAGUCUAUUGGGAAUAAGAGGGUAUUGGAAUGCUCACUCUUAUCUCGCGGUAGCUCAGAAAGAUAAGUCUUCAUUCGCCAUUUGAUGUUUUUAACUUUCUGACAGUGAAAAUUUACUUAAAUUUCAGUCUUGUAUAAAUUUCAAUAGGUGUGAUAGUACAUUCGUGAACUACAUAGAAACCAUUACAAAAUCAUGUCAAACAGAAUGAAUACUAUUUUACUUGUGUAUUGGACUUAUAACUAUUUUUAAUGAUCUCCGUUAUAUCGCGCUUUCGAAUAUAUCUCUUUUUCUUUGUCCCCCGAAAAGCGCGAUAUAAGGAGGGGUUACUGUACCAUAUUACUAUUAGCACUAGUGUUAAUUUGGGAAAAGUCAAGAAAGCAAAACUUGAGUGCGUACAAGUUACUGUUUCAAUGCAAUAUGAGUUAAUAUUUUGACGAAAUUUUUUAUUCCUCUACAUUACUGAUUUUUUGCAAAUACAAUUAUCAAUUUUUCUAUCGUACAACAAAAAAAUAAGUUUAAUAUAAGCUUAAGAGAUAUGCUUUGUCAAAUUUAAAAUGCAAACAAAUGAAGACUAAGAAAUUCCUUUUUAUUUCUUCUGCACCAACUACUGCUGUGUAUAAUUUAUGUUACAGUGCAACCUCAGAAAUUCAAACCCCGGAGAUCCAAAAUUCUGAAUAAUUCAAACAGUUUGUGAAGUGGAUGCUUGAAAUUAAAUUUAAAAAAAGGAAAAAUCAGGAAUCCAUACAAUCCAUAAGCUAAGUUAGUUUUUUAACGACAGCUACUUUUAGCAAACAUUUAAACACAAUGUUUAUUACAGCUCUGUGCCUUACUAUAUAGAACUGAAUUCGGUAAUCAUUUGCUGACAUAACAAACUGAAUCAGCUUGAUGAUUCCAUUUUGCGGCAGCGAUGUUGGUUCAGCAGUAUCACUCCACUCCCCUACUCACACAACCUUGCAGUAGGCUAACACAUUCCACAUACAGUGUGCAUUUUGGAUCUCUGAAGAUUGGUUGUAAGGUUAGUUUCAUGUCCCAUAAUUUUUAUCAGAAAUUCCCAUAUUUUGUUGUGCCCUUGCUGUUGAUCAUUGGUGUACAUCAUAACAUGAGUUUAAAUCCACUAUACAUAUACAUUUAUGUACAAGCUCAGGUACUGGUUUGUUAAAUGUAAUUUUUGAAAUUUAUUAAUGGAUUGUAGUUUUAUAUUUUACUAAUUCUUGUUCUCCUUACUUAUUCUUGUAUUAACGUAUUAUGUAAAUUAUUUUUAUUAAAAGUACUUAACAUUGUCAUAUAGGAAAGUUUUCCAUUAUUUGGCAAAUUUCCUGUAAUAUAUACUCUCAUAUUUCCAAAAUUGGUAACCUUGCUACCUAACCAAUAAAAAAAUAACCUUGCACACCCAUUUCUGAGGAAUGAGGUGCAGUAUAUCCUAUUCAGAUUUAUCAGAUAGUGUUUCAUUAAAAGCAAUGAGCCCUUUCUGCUUUUGGGUUGCAUUAGAAGUUGUUUUUAUAAGCUUGAAAGGCAUUUUUAAUAGGUAGUCUCUCUGAUUUUUGUAAGCUUCUUUCCUGUAGCAUGGCUAUGUGCAUUUAUAUUUUUUUAAUAUUCAGAGCGAAAUUGUUUGAGCUAGCAGAAGGGCUAUUCUGUUGAUUGGCAAAUUUACCUGAUAUACACAAACAGUUUCUUUUAUUAAAAAGAAUAAAGAAGUUAUAUCUUUUAUGUUUUUUGAUAUUUAAGUGCAAUUUUGAAAUCAAAAAAAAAAAUAAAACUCAUACAUAGAUAUUAGAAAUAAUCAAAAUGCCAAGUUCCUACUGCCUAUCACCAUCUUUUUUUAUUUAUUUAAUUUAUGUAUUUAUUUUCCAGUCAUAUUUCUGUGUUUAGAAAAGGGACCACACAGUUAUGUAAAAAAAAUUCUCACACUUGAAUUAAAAUGGAAUCUCACAUUCAUAAUGCAUUUGAAUGGGAAAAUUUUCCUAGAAAUUUUUAUAUACUUUUGAAGCAUAUAUUUGUAUGGAAACCAUUUUUGUAACCAACUUUUUAUCAUGUUACUGUUGAAAUGUGUACUUAUGUCUUGACUCUACCCAUAAUGUGUGUUCUUUGAAAACAAUUUACUGAAUUAAAACUACUCUAGUUUGAACUGCAAUGUUGUAUUUGUGCUUAUGCACUUGGUAUGAAAUGUUGCACUUGGUAAUUUUUGUGUGCCUUUUUAGAUUUCAUGUGAUAUAUUUCACCUCUACAUCUCAAAAAGCGUGUAUGCAUUGAUUUCUAAUAAACUUUUUGGUAGUACAA